UGUUGAUUAGAUAGAGGUCUCAUAAAAGUAUGUUUCAAAUAUGAUACAAUAGGUUUUAAGGGGUUAACACAGUCAAAAUACUCAAACAAGAAAAAAAAUGACCGAAAAUCAAAUAAAAGCUGCCGUAUGGCUUGUACCCCUCUGUAUGUUAAAGAGUAAACUCUCACUAUCAGCUGAUCAUAAGAACAGGAGAGAACACAGAGAAUCAUAAAGAUGUCAAAAUGCAUAAACAGUCCUGCUUUAAAUCUCAGUUACAUUCAUUUCAGCCUAAAUCAAAAAUUGGCAGGACACAUAAAAAGUCAGAGAAAACCAGUUAAAAAAGAACAUGUGUGAUGAAAAUAUACAAUGCUCUUAAAAAAGGUGCUUAGUGUAUUUUUGAUGUGUUUAUAAGUGUUAAUGUUUGAUCAUUUAUAAGAUAUUAUACUAAAUCAAACAUAUAAAACCCACCCAGGAUUAUUUUGACUGCUAAUAAUUUAAUAAGAAAGCUAAACUUUUGAUUGGAUUAAUUCAUUCUCCUGUUAGUUUAUAUCGUAGUUUCUCUUAGUUCAGUAGAAAAUGUUUAUGCUUUUGAGCACUUUAACUUAAAAUUUAUGAGGCGUUUCUAUAGCCUAUAGUUAUAAAUGUAUUAAAAGCGAUACUGAUGUCUCUUAAUGAGCCAUAGAAACAAACCAGCUGUUAGGAAAAGACAGAUUUUUCUAUAAGGUUAUUUUUCACCAUCUGAAUCAGCCACCAUGAGGUAGGCGUCAGACAAAGUGAUUAAGAGCAUGCUUCUUAUAAUAGAGUUUUUAAAAAUUUCCACUGCCCAGACUUUCAAUAAUCAUACAUUUAAUGGUAGAAAGACAGAAGCUUUGGAGAAUUUAAAUUUUCAAAAACACAGUAUACAGAUAUAGAUCAUCAGAGGGAUAGAAAAAACACAAACUUCAUAUAGAUGAUUUGAAUACUUGUAUUGCUGCUUUCUAAACAGGACAAGAAUUAAGAGCAUUUACUUUUAGCUUCUACUAAUUUCAGCAGUGAAAUGUAUGUUUUUGAGGACUAAAUUAAAUCAGCUCUGGUCUUCAGUCAUCUUUACAGAAGUUAAAUGUACAUGAGUUUAUUUGAUCCUUUCUUUGUCAGUCUUUACAGUUUGCAUGGAAAGUGACGAAGUUUUGAUGCAGAGAAACGGUGGAACGUACAUGAACAGGACGAGUAAACAAAGCGUACGGGUACAUCUGUGGGCGGCCAAGACAGGAAGAAAGGAAGAUGUAAGCAGACGUUUUUGAAAAUAUGUUCCAGACAUCUCUUUACAGGAUGCAGUGUUUGGUGUUUUACUUUAAUUUUUUUGCUCACUUGUCUCCCAUCUUACUGCAGGCAACGAAGCCCUUUUACCUUGACAGCAAUGGCAGAAGGUGCACACUGUGCCCUGCAGGUGCGUUUCAGAAGUCUUGUACAGAGUGCAUGCCCUGUCCUGCAGGAACUUACACGACUAAGCAGAACCGAGAAAGUAGCUGCCAUCGCUGCUACAGAGACUGCAAACCAGAGUAUCACAUGAAGGUAGUUGAUGAAUGCACCAGCACGUCUGAUCUGAAGUGUGCCUGUCAGGCUGGUUACAGAUGUCAGGACCGCGUCUCCUUAUCAACUAACUGCAGAUACUGUGUCAAGGUUGAUGAAACAACCUCAACUGAAGCAGCCAUGGUUAUCUCAACCAAGGAUAAACACACGCCUUCCUCAGCUUCCUCAGGACGUAGCAGCACUUCAGCCAACUCCUGCAGAUCUCCCCUGUGUGGCCCUCAGUCAGUCCCACAGGCAGGAAACAGCACACAUAUUCAAACAGACAAGACAGACAGUCAUUUGGUGGCCAUCUUGUGUCCAAUUGUUGUCAUCGGAUUCUUGGCUCUUGUGAUCUUGCUCUUCAUUCGUUGCCACGAAGAAGAGUCUUGUCUCAAGCAAGCUAUGUCAAAACUCUACAAUGAGGGAGGGCAAGAUGCUUCUCACAAGCCUAAGGAGCCAACUCAUCAGCUCCCCAGAGACUCAUUCAGUGCAAAGCAGCAGUCAUCGUCCCUUUCUGCAGGCAAUCUGGGGCCAGUCCAUGUCCACAACCCAGGGACGGUCAUUGUUAGCUUGCUCAAUCAGUUCACAGGCCAAGUCGGCCCAACAGUUGAAGGUGCAAAGACGGUCGAGAGAGGCACUAGUGAGGAAGAACAAGAAAGAGACUGCCCUGUUUGUCAUCCCACAUCCUCCACUAGUGUUCACCUCUCUGAGGAGGAGAGGAGUGCAGAGAUUGACAGCAUGUUCCUCCCCUCGCAGGAGCAGGGGAAGGACUGCCACGUUUCCAAAGAGGAAGUUCUAUGAUGUGUCAGAGAAAUCCUUUGUUUGGGUGGUGAUGACUGCUGGCUUCUAGACUGAUCCAAAGACUUUCAAGAAACAAAACUGUGAAGCAAUGGAGGAGUUUUGAACAUGUUCAACUUCCUCUGGCAAACUAUGAGUCACAGUUUUACACAGACUUUUCUGUCUGAAGUUUAAAACAAUGUGGUGAAAGCAUAUAAGAAACUUUGGGAAAAACUGCUGGUUGGUGAUUUCAUUUGUAGGCUAUAAUUUAAAAUGUCAUGUACUGUAUGCUCAGAGCUCUCCAAAGGGAACUUAACUUUUAAU